AUGAAAACGUAUUUCACAUUUCUCAAUAUUUAUCCCUUGCUUAGACUUGGACUUGCAUUUAACAUCUUUAAUGCUACAACUGAAAGGAAUGAUGAUUUGGUUGUAAAACAUCAGCAGAUGAAUAAUUCCAUAGAUACAUUAACCAUUUUUUCUGAUGUGAUGAAUGAGUUUGAAAGCCUUCAGAACUGGAGUAGGCUAUGUAAUAUAUCACAAAGUAGUCACACUGACUUUAACAUUGUAUGUAUCAUUAAUGGUGAGUCCAGUAUAAAGUUAACAGAAUUUAGAAAUUUUACAUAUCGAGUAUCGUCACAUAUUAGAUUUGACUUAUCCGUCACUUGUGAAGAUGGUAUAAUAUACUUUCCUUGGCCGUUCAGAGCAGAAAAACUACAUAGAGUUUAUAUCAAAGACUGCAUAAUUAAGGUUUACAAGUCCGAUUCCAAAAAUCCAUUGAUAGGCCGCAUUCCAGACACAAUCAAAUAUCUACAAAUGGAUAAUGUAACAACUAUCUUACGAAUGAAAGAAGUAUACGACUCACUGUCUAAAGCUAAAUCCCCUAUAUCAAGAGCUACAGAAUGUGGACCAGAGAACGCUUUUGCUAUAAUUCGGAGAGGAACAAAGGUGGAAUUUGAAGAUUUUUAUAACUAUCAUUUGUAUGACAUCAAUGCAUUGGCACAAUCAACUCAUUACUUCAGCAUUCAGAAGAGAACUUGUUUGUACAAAAACCUUGAGGUUUUUGAAUUAAGCGGAAGGAACGAUAUUACUAGAUCUACUAUUAGUAAAAUAGUUCAUACAGACAUUGCACAAAAUCUCAAAAUCUUAAACUUUUCUGGAGACGGUAUGUCUGACAUUGUUUAUAAACUACAAGGCUGGCGACUAAGAUUCCCAGUGAUGGAAUAUUUAGACUUUUCCAAUAAUCACAUCAAAGUGAUUCCAAAGAUACGAGAUUACGGAAUGACCGUUAAAAAGACAAAAUCAGUUGGAAUUAUAGAUAUAAGGCGUAAUGAGAUAACUUCAUUAACAAAAGGUAUGAUUGACUCGUUUUCGACUCACGAAUUUGUUAAAGUCGAUAUCAGUGAAAAUCCGUUCUUAUGUGACUGUGGAAUAAUUGAAGUUAUUGAAUAUCUAUCGUCAAAGACUAUGCCAAAAGCUUAUGAUUACCUUGAUUCGCUAGAGUGUGCAAAUCCCUCAAACGUCCGUGGACGUAAGCUUAUAAGUCUGACUCCUACAGAAUUAAAUUGUAACAAGGAUACAGUCGUAAACUUUCCAGUAGUUGUUUUGAUCAUCAUAACAAUAUCAUUGGUCAUCAUAACUUUGUUCACAUUAAUCUAUUUCAGAAAUAAGAUCAAGGUAAAUUUAUGUUCUAGACUAAAUAAAAACGUGGCAACGUAACAGUUUCUUAAGUGGAUCCUGAUUGGUUGAAU